AUGGCACCCACAGAGCUUCGACGAUGGCCCGGUUCUUCUCGUCGAGGAGCUCCUGCCGGGCGCCACGGGUACGGAUCGCGGUACGAGAUGUCGGACUACGUCAUGGGCCUGGCGAGCCCGGGCGCCUUUCCCUGCCCGGAGGGCUCCCCGACCUACAACCUCCAGUUCAGCAAGCGGGCGGGUGAUGGUCACUUCGUGGCCUUCGGCACCGAGCGCGGGACGCUCGUGAUCGUGGACACGCGAGCCGAAGCGGUAGUCCAGCGGGACCACAACGGGCCCGUCGGCUGGGGGCAAACGGACCGUUCCUCGGGCUGGUUCUCGGAACGGGCCGCCAAGAGGCUUGGUGCUAUUAGUGCGGGGGUCAAGCACGGGUACUGCCGGAGCUGGGGGGUCCGCCAGCCGGGGGUGGUGGCCCAGUACCGAGCCCUGGCCAAUUGCAUCUUUGACGUCGAGUGGCUCCACGACGACGGGCGGAUCGCCCUGGCUUGCGCAGACUCCAAGAUCCGAGUGCACGACACCGAGACGUGCAUGGAGGUGGUGGUGCUGCGAGGCCACGAAGGGAGCGUCAAGACGAUUUCCGCGAAUCCAUUGGACAACUGCGUCGUCCUUUCGGGAGCGAGGGACGGCUCGUUCGCCGUGUGGGACACGCGGCUGCAGCAAGGCAGGCCGGUCAAGAAACUCAUGAACAGAGUGGUCGCAGAAGAGUACUCAGCGAUGGCCUGGGCUCCUGCCAACAGACUGCAGAGGCGGAUGCUUACGCCGGUGGAGCAGGUUUUUAUGGUGCACUACACAGAAGACCGCGACCCAAAGAUUCCCCGGUCUUACGUUAGAAUGGACGAGACCGUCAAGGGAGGCUUUGACGGGAUGGUUUGCGGGAGGCCUUGCGCGAGUACCGUGACGUCGGUGCAGUGGAUGCCGGACGGGCAGAAGUUUCUCACGGCUGGGCAGGACGGGCUCGUUAAGCUCUGGGACACGAGGUACGUUCACCACCCCCUCCAGGAAGCCGACCCGGACGAUGAAUCCGCGUCGCCCCCACUCCUUUCGGAAAACUCCCGCUCCAUGUGGACCCUUGACUACGGCAAACCAGUGCCGCGGUCAGGAGCUACGGGCGCCGGCACCGGCGGCAGCGGGGGGAGGCGUGCGUCGGCGGGGACUGCUAAGGGGCGGCGGCGACGUCGAGCUGUUUCGUACGGCAGCGUCAGCGGGGGCGACGCGGUUGCAGAGGAGAGCACCGAUGGGGGGGGCAGGCGGUCCGGCGUGUCGUCUGUGCACGCGUGCGACGACGGGUCGCGGAUAGCGGUUUGUACGGUGAAGAACCGCAUCUCCGUGUACGCCUACACCUGCGGCGGACUCCGACCCCUCGGUGCCUACACCGGGAAUGCGAACAGGUCGUCGUACUACAUCAAGGCGAAGCUGUCCCCCGAUGGGUCCCUCUUGGCCAGCGGUGCCACCGACGAUGCAGUGUGUCUGUGGCAGGUGGACUGCCCAGGGCUUCCCGUAGCUAGGCUCACGGGGCACAUGAACGAAGUGACAGGGUUAGACUGGUGCCGCGCGGAGCCUCUGAAGCUGGCCACGAGCUCGGACGACGAGACCGUGAGAGUCUGGACCAUCGACCCCCUCCGCGUCAGGCACCACUCGGCCUCUGCCCCUGUCGUCGCCGUCGCCGGUGCUUCCGCUCGAUCAUCGGGAGGAGCGUUGGGCUCCGGCCCGGCCGUCGUAGGUGGUUCUUCUGUUAUCGCGGGUAGCGGUAGCGGCGGGGGGGUGCGCUCGUACCCUUGCCACGGCAAGUUCGGAGAGGGCGGCGCACGCCGCGGCGAGAGCUCGCUGUGGAGACGGAGGGCCCCCGUGGGCAAUCGUGACGGUGAUCAGCACGGUCAUGGUGGUGAUGUUCGUGGGCCCCUUGUUUCCCGGGGUGAUGGGUCCCGGGGACAGCAGCAAGUCCGGGGCGACGGCGUGGAGCGGCGGCGUGAUGGUGAUGGCAGCGGCGGCAGCCAGGGCCGGGACCACCAGAGUCACAGCCGCGGUACGGGCGAGAGGACCGACGCGGCGGCUAGCGACGGCGGCGGCGGCGGCGGCGGCGGGCCGCCUGCCGUGUUCUCUCCCUGUUCGCCCAACAAGCGACCCGGGCCUUUUUCUUCCAGGCCCGCGGAGACAGCUGCCCGCGCCAAGGGCGCCACUGCUGCUGCUGUCGGUGGCGGUGGUAUCGCCACCGCACCCGCGCACGGCGACACCUCGCAACGGUUUCAAGCCUCGUCGAACAACGGCGGGACGACCUCUGGAGAGGACACUCCGGACGAGAACGUGGACUCCCGGAGGGCAAUUGACGCUUCUGCGGAGCCCCCAACCCCACCAACCACCGGCUCGGGCGUGGUGGCUGUUUCGAAAGGGCAGCAGCAGACGGGAGGGUCAAGAAAAGGGGGUCGUCGCGGAGUCAUGGAGGGGCUGCCCAGGGGGGUGUCCUCAGCCGCGUGGCACGGGAAAGGCUUCCCUGAACCAGGGCGAGGGCGUCGGCCGCGGCAACACCCGGACGGAGAGCAGCAGCAGCAGAGGCAGGAAGCUACCGGUUCUCGGAAGAAGGCGAAAAAGGGGGCCUCCGGACAGCAGUUGCCUCGAGAGAGCCACACCCUGAUGGCGUUUUGGUGCCGGGGACGGGGGGGGGCGUCGAGCGGUGUGGGGCAGGGAAAGGCGGGCUCGAGCUGAAGGCUCUUCGCCGAGAAAUAAAAACGAAAUGAUGGGGGAGGGGAGUCUUGUGGUGUGGUGCGAUGUGUGUACAUUUUUUUAUUGUCUUUUUAGCCGAAAGUGGGGGGUGGUUUUUCUACAACAGUACUGCUUAUGCCUUGAUGACAGGUAGGCGUGGAGAUAUUCGAUGCACGAUUUGUCCCAGUGUUUACCGAGAGGCCAAGGCAGGCGCGGUCGCGUGUGUUUGUGUGUGUGUUCACUCCAUCGUAUCUCGGUGUGUGUUAGCCGGGGUUACAUGGGAAGGUCACACGGGACCUUUUUUCUUUCAUUUUCUUUGCCCACCUUUCCUGCGGCAGCUCUUCUCGCCGCACUUAGUUUUCAUCGCGAGAAGCUGCCAGCUCUGAAUCGAGGCCACACCGCGGGUUGUUUUUUUUUUCGCCGUGGAGAAGACCCCCAUUUCCGGUCGGCCUUUUUUCUUUUUUUAAUAUUUUACUACUCGUGGUGGACCGACAGCAUCAGGUGUCGGGGCAAAGUUGAUGAUUGUCUCACGCUUUGUUCCACACCCUCGCCCCUGGCGGCGGCAGCCCAGCACACCCGGGACGGACGUUUUUUUCAUUUUUUUCUUGUGGCGUGAGUUGUGUUUUUUUUAUGGUCGUGUGUCGGUGGCGAAGAUAGAUAGAUGUGGCGAAACACCUCUGGAGCCGUACGCCGCUCCCUUCUGUUCGUCAUGUGGUUGGCGGAGAAGAAAAAGUCGAAGUUCGCGAACGCACGACCUUCCCUCGCCAUCUGUUCGCCCCAAUGCCGUAUGUAUGACACCUCUCAAGGCGCCACGCCAAGGUUAUGCCCUGCACACCUCGUAGGUUGACUUGUCUUUCUGGUGAGAUUUGUUUUUAGUCUCUCAUGUAGUUUAGGUUGUUGUCGGUGCUGAUUGCGUGUUUAUUGGGACCCGACUUUUCUAGAUGGCACACGUUGCGUUGUCAGAGUCUGCAGGCCUACACCCGGUCGAGGCUAGGACAAGGUUGGUUGUCGUGGAGGGUUGUGUCUUGUUUCUUGUUUCUUGUUGGUUCGAGGAUCCGUUCGAUGUGGUAGCUACACGAUGGCCGUGGGUCGCCUCCGUCAAUCGCCGCCAUCGGCCGCCCUUGUUUUCUAUAGGACACAGGCCGAUUGGUGGUAUGGAUUAGCUGGAAAUUAUGUACGUCUAUCUGUGGUGUUCGUGGUUUGAAUGUUGCCGCUGUGUACUUCAUAUCUUAUCGCUGGUUUGUGUGGGCA